GCAAGCAUUGCUCACUGAUUCAAGUAUGGCUGGGGUUGAGAUCAUAGGAGAAAGGAUGAUACAGCAAAUGUUGAAUCUAAAAGAAUGAUGGAAUGGAUCUAAGUGGUUGACAACUGUCGCACAGGAAAAGAACACUCGAAGAGGAUCUUGAUGCCGAUGUUGGAUAUUUUACUUCGAAAGUAACAGGAGAUUAGUCUUCCAAAUAUGCGGCUCUAACGUCUGGCAGUGAUGGAAGUGAUGUCGUAUGACUCCAAUGUUUAUGUUGAAUUUACAGCCGGUCUGCCGUUAGUAACGACUAAGAUUUAUUCUUUAAGUAUAUGUUCUUAAGUUUAUAGUUUUAGAAAUGAUGAUAUCUAUAGAGAUAUUUAAUAGCUUUUGAUAUACAUACGCAGAUUCUGCGUUUAUUACUCAGCUAUUUAGCCAGCUAGUUUGCUAGCCCGGCUAGACUCAUAGCUGGACCGCUAGCUCGGCAACAUUAGCAUUUGGCAUUGAGAUUGUUUUAGGUCUUCUUCGGCUUGUAUUGCAUGGAACUGUUCCGGGUAAUCUUCAUACAGAAAACGUUGGCCGGCGGCAGGGCAACCUGGCAUGUGUGUAUAUGCCGGUGUAGCUAACUAGCCACUGUCUGUGAAGUUGUCGCUAGCUAACAGCUAGCUCACUGUAUAUACUUAGCUAACAACGUUAACGAGAUAAUUUUUCGAAUGUCAAAUUUUAGUUAGCUUGACGAAGUAAGUAACACCAAUCUCGCCAGAAGUAAAAGUUUUGUUUUGCAUCCAUUCACGCGACAAAGUCGCCAACUUUGACGAGAUGCAUCACGCAGACUCUACCGGGGAUUCUCCCGGCUCGAGGAAGAUGGCGCAUUCCUCUGUUUUUAGUAAUCGAAGGGGUAGCAACACCGGCAGCAGCGGCAGCUUGUCUAACACUGCCAAUGCCAACAUUAACGCUAACGUUAUCCCUACCGAUGACAACCAGUCCUCUCUCCUUAGUCAGCAUACAGGCCCGGCUGGGUGCUCUUCACCAGGACCCCAUCACCCUCCCCACAGCCUAAACGUACAGUCGCAGUCUCUUCAGAGCGCCGGAGCACAGGUGAAAAAGAAGAGCGGCUUCCAAAUUACUAGUGUCCUACCUGCUCAAGUGUCUGCUAGCGCCAACAACAGCAUAGCGGACGACACCGAAAGUUAUGACGAUAUGGACGAAUCUCAUACCGAGGACUUGUCCUCCUCGGAUAUCCUGGACGUGUCUGUCUCGCGGGCCACUGACCACGGCGUGCCGGAGAGAAGUUCCUCCGAGGAGACGCUGAACAGUCUCCAUGGCGUUGAUACCCCGGGUGUUGUGUCACCCAACGAACCUGUGCUCCACCACCAGCUGCAGCAAGGAGCUCAGCAGGGGUACAUGGUGAACGGCUCCGUGCACCACCAGGGGCACCAUCAGCACCAGCACCAUGGUCACCAUCAGGAGGCUCCUCAUCCCAUGGCUGCUCCUGCGCCAGUGGCAACCCAAAGUGGAGGCUUGCACAUUGUCCAAGGUGGUGUUGGGGCCACGCCUGUCGUUCCAUCAUCUGGCCUAGGAAGCGGUCAAAUCGUAAGGCCUAUCCCUGUCCGGCCUGUGCCUCUGGAGGGUGCGGCUGCAGGAAUGGUUGGUCAGCCACCAGCCACCACCAAGGGCCCUGUGAGUAUCGGUCAAGGCGGCGCCCUGGGGAUCGUUGGUGGAGGGGUCAUCCCAGGUGCUGGAGGUACUGGAGGAGCCCAGCCUGUCCCAGCUGCGGUCCCGGCCACGUCUCAGCCAGCUCCUGGCAACACUUCUGCCCACUCUCAAGCUUCAGCUUCUGCUUCUACUGCCGCCACUACUGCUACCGCCACUGGGUCCACCGCCACUUCCACCGCCUCCCGUUUCCGGGUGGUCAAGCUAGACUCCAACUCGGAGCCCUACCGCAAGGGCAGGUGGACCUGCACAGAGUUCUAUGAGAAGGAACCUCCACCUUCUUCGGCGCCCCCCACCAGUACUGCAGAGUCUGCUGCUGCUGCUAAUGCUGCUAAUGCAGCUAAUGCAGUUGCUGUUUCAGCUGCUGCGGCUGCUGCUGCUGCCACCGUGGUGCCCCCCCAAUCUGCACCUGAAAGCGACAGCACCACUAGUGGGAGUUCGUCCAUUGGUAGCACACUGGGAGAGACUGGUAUCAUGCCAGGCCAGCCGGUCUACAGCCACAUCCCUGCGCAGCAGCAGCAGCAGGCGCCUCACCCUGGUGCCCAGCAGCCCAUGCAUCAGGAGGCAGGCAUGGUGCCAACCAUGCACCCUGCCACCAUGCCACCUGCUGGCUUGCAGACGAUGGCCCACGGCGUCGGAGUGCCGGCCACCGAGGGCCAGUCAGCGCCUGCCAUGAGGCCCCUGCAGCCCAUGACGUACCACGUGGAAACACAGCCAGCCCAAGGACAGAUGGGCUACCCUGCCACGCAGCAACCCAAUGCGGGCAUCGCCCACCCGGGCGUCCAGGGGCAGGACUUCGCCCAGCACCAGACCACUGGUCAGGCUCACCCCAUGGCACCCAUGCCCGUCGGAGCCAUGCCCGGCAUGGGAGCUCCAGGAGGGGCAGCAGGGAUGCCAGGGCACCCAACAGGAGGCCAGGCCGCUGUGCCACAGGCUGCCCAGACCCGACCCCUCGCUCCCCAGACCCAGCCCCCUGGAGGACAGCCCCAGCCACUACAACACCUGGCCCAGCUGCUCCCAGACCCACAACCCCCCCAGCAUGCGGGGGCUCUGCCCACCCCAGCUGCCAGCGUUGCUGCUGCCAUGUCGGGUCAGAGUGUGCCCGCCAUGCCCCACCCAACACUGGGCCUGGCUCACCCAGGAGCUGCCCUGCUGGCUGGCGGGAUGGGCCUGGCACUGGCUCACCAGGGACAGAUGCCCCACGGCGGAGGAGCGUACGCUGGGAGCAGCUUGCUGACUGCCUCCCAGCUGGAGGAUGCCCAGAGGCUGCUCUUCCAGCAGUCGCUGCCCAGGAUGGCCGCAGGCAUGGAGGGCACCAUUGGCAUGGACACUGGGGCCUUAGCUGCUGCAGCUGGUGCAGAAGAGGACAGUUCUUCGGGUGCCAGUGUGGUGGCCAUAGACAAUAAAAUCGAGCAAGCCAUGGACCUGGUAAAGAGUCACCUGAUGUACGCCGUGCGAGAGGAAGUGGAGGUGCUCAAGGAGCAGAUCAAGGAGCUGGUUGAGAGGAACUCUCAGCUGGAGCAGGAGAACAACCUGCUGAAGAACCUGGCCAGUCCCGAGCAGCUUGCCCAGUUCCAGGCCCAGGUGCAGACAGGCUCACCCACCUUAGUCACCCAACCUGGGGUCCUGGGUGGGCCUCAGGCCCCUGCACAGAGCCUUCCACCCCCCAACCAGGGCACAGGCCCCUCCGCCUAACUCUGGAGCUACAAAAGAGAGAGAGAGAGAAGAGGAGGGGGUGGAGAAGGAGGACGAAUGGUGGAUUAAGAGGGUGAAGUUGCUUGGAUGUAGUGGCUGACGAGAAACACACGGAAAACCUACACUAUACUGUGAACUGACUCAACUUUUUAAAAGAUACGAGACGUGCCACAAUCACAGAUGACACAUGAGGAGUGGAGGGAUAACUGGUCAUUGGAAAUCGGACGCAAACUGACGCUAGCUGUUUUUGUUGUGGUCGAUUUUUUCCGUUGUUGAUUGUUUUUGUUUUUUUUUUGUUUUUUUUGUCUUUUAUUUGUUUUUUGCACAUAUUUAAUCGUCAGAGACCUCAACACCGCCGUGUCGAUGCUCAACAUUCAGGAGCUUUAUUUGCCUCUGACAAUCAAUGACGGCGACGCAACGCGACUGCAUGUGGACUGAGCCAGUAGCCACAGAUCCUGGGCGGAGGCUCCUGAGAGUCCGAGCCGGGAGGGUAACGAGAAGAACAAUCUCCCGCUGAAUCUGUGCCCGGGAUGAGGGGGGGGUGGGGUGGGAAAAUCAGCUCGCAUGCGUAAGGAGCUUUUUUUGUGUUCCUGGAAAAAAAAGAUAAAAAAAGAUGGAAAAAAAAAAAUACAAAACUGUGUUGAUGAUGCUCUCAGCAGUGACUCUGGAAAUUGUGCUGCUGUUGCCACAUUUGCCCUUCCAUUUUUUUUAUAGUGUUAUAUUUCCUUUAUGUUUAGGUUUUUGUUAAUGUUGUCAUUUUCCCCUAGCUGUGUUUAAUAAAAGGACAAGCACUUUUUUUUGUAGGUGACUAACCCAGAAAAUGACAUACAAAUCAUGGACCAUUCAGUUGAGGACACCCAUCUGGAAUGGGGUGGUUCAGUUGAGUGCAGAACCGUAGUUAGUUAUCUUUUUUUUUUUGAAAGAAAACGGAAAAGAAAACAACUUGCCUUUAGACAUAAUUACUUUUUCCCAGUGAGGAGGUGGGGGGGUGGCGUUAACCUUGCAUAGUUAUGCCUCAGUGUUGCAACUUUGAUAUUGUCAUUCCUUCCCCGAGAAGUCGACGUGCAUACUCAACUUAAACAAGGAUUUAAGAUGGGAUUGAAAUGUGGGGGAGCCAACACACGUUUUCUGGGUGAAAUGUGUGGGGUGGGGAGGAAACUUCACUAACGGGGUAGUGAGAUUUGUAUGUAUUUUUGGUGUGUAAUUAUUGUAUGUGGUCUGCAAGAGCAAAAACUGCAAGAGGAGCAAAGGAAAACAAAAAAACCAAACCUACACACUCUACAGACUGGACAGACAGACACUCACACAGAGUUGAUCUUGGGAAGAACUGAGCACAACAUGGCUGCCUGCAACAUGACGUAGCAGCGCACAAAAUGGACUUUUCACUGAUGACGACAACCGCAACAACAGGAUUAAUUUUGCACUGGUUUGGUGUUCCUCAACACAGUUGUUCACAUAAGUUAUUAUGUGUGGGAAUCCAUGCAGAAUUUUUUGAAGGAAAAAAAAAAAACAAAAAAACAAUAUUUACUGCCUUACAGCUUAUAGCACUCUGGAUGUACUACAAACCAAUUUAUCUCCAUACUCAAUGCUACACAGAUCUCCAAAGCGAAAAAGCAUCUUGUCAGACCUCCUCAAUAUUUUGUGCAUGUUGUGCCCCCCCCCAAACCACACCAGAAAUGUGACGUAAUACAAUUGCACUAAACAGUUGCACCUCGACUUUAAUAAAAUGAAAAUAAACUCAAAA